GUGUGUCGAGGCUUCCUCAGAGAUCCUUCUUCAUGUAGCUACACGUUUGUUUUACAUGUACUUAGUAAUGAAGUGGUUUUAACGCGUGACUGAUUCUCCUGAGAGAAACUACGAGAACGAGUCCAUCAGAAUAGAACCGCCAUCUACAGGUUUAACCCUGCAGUCUACAGAAAUGGAGGCGGACAGGCAGCAGGACCUCAAAGUUGUAGGUGCAGGAAAGAGUCAAUCAGGCAACAAUGUGAGACAACUUAUAGCAAAGAUGGAAAAACUGGGAGCAGCCAAUGGGGGUAGAGGAUACACCGACACAGACAAUGAGAUGGAAGAUCUUGGACGAAGACUGAAGCAUCGACAUUUAGGUGGAGGAAGGUUGACCUCCAAAAUGAGCCUCCUUGGGGAACAUGACACAGUGAAACUUGAGAGUCUGAUUCAGAGUAAGAGACCAGACUCUCCUGAGCCCAGCUGUGUGUCUAUGAAGAGUGAUGAGUCAAUGGGUAGAGCCAUAACCUUCAAACAGGGAGAGUCUUCACCUGAACUGAGUCUGGUUCACAGUAAGAGACCAGACUCUCCUGAGCCCAGCUGUGUGUCUAUGAAGAGUGACGCGUCAAUGGACAUACCCACAGCCUUCAAACAGGGAGAGUCUCCACCUGAACUGAGUCUGGUUCACAGUAAGAGACCAGACUCUCCUGAGCCCAGCUGUGUGUCUAUGAAGAGUGAUCAGUCAAUGGGUAGAGGCAUAUACUUCAAACAGGGAGAGUCUUCACCUGAACUGAGUCACUUUCACAGUAAGAGACCAGACUCUCCUGAGCCCAGCUGUGUGUCUAUGAAGAGUGAUGAGUCAAUGGGUAGAGCCAUAACCUUCAAACAGGGAGAGUCUUCACCUGAACUGAGAGCCCAAAAGGAGAGAGCAAAGAUCACCAUGACACGUCUGGAGUCCGUAUUCCAGGAACUGGAGCACAAAGUCAUCUCUCUGGUGAAGAAUCAGCUGAAGAGGUUCAAGAAGGUACUGAGUCCAGAUUUCCCAGCAUGCUCUGAGAGGGAGGUGGAGGAUGAGGUGGAUCAGAGUGUCAGAGAAGGAACACUGCAGAUCGCACUGCACGUCCUGAGGAACAUGAACCAGACAGACCUCGCCAGCACACUACAAACCAAACUGGCUCCUGCUUGUCAUCAAAAGUUCAAAUCUACAUUGAAAAAAAAAUUCCAGAGAAUUAAUGAAGGAAUCUCAUAUCAUGGAGGCUCAACACUUCUGAAUCAGAUCUACACAGAGCUCUACAUCACAGAAGGGGGGAGUGGAGAGAUCAAUAAUGAACAUGAGGUGAGACAGAUUGAGACAGCGUCCAGGAGACCAGCAACCCAGGAGAGACCCAUCAACUGCAGUGACCUCUUUAAAGACACAGCCGUCAGAACUGUACUGACUAAUGGAGUUGCUGGAAUUGGAAAAACAGUCUCAGUGCAGAAGUUCAUUCUGGACUGGGCUGAAGGAAAAGCAAAUCAGGACAUCCUCUUCAUAUUUCCACUUCCUUUUAGGGAGCUGAAUUCAGUGAAGAGUAGAAAACUCAGUCUAGUUGAUCUUCUUUGUCUCUUUUUCACAGACAUAAAAAAGUUAAAACCAACAGAUUAUUAUCAGUACAAAGUCUUGUUCAUCUUUGAUGGUCUGGAUGAAAGUCGACUUCCUCUAGAUUUCCAGAACAAUGAGAGCUUGUCUGAUGUAACACAGUCAGCCUCAGUGGAUGUGCUGCUAACAAACCUCAUCAAAGGGAAUCUGCUUCCCUCUGCUCUUCUCUGGAUCACCUCUCGACCAGCAGCAGCCAAUCAGAUCCCUCCUGAGUGUGUUGACCAGGUAACAGAGGUACGAGGAUUCAGUGACCCUCAGAAAGAGGAAUACUUCAGGAAGAGGGUCAGUGACCAGAGUCUGGCCAACAGAGUCAUCACACAUAUGAAGUCAUCAAGAAGCCUCUACAUCAUGUGCCACAUACCGGUCUUCUGCUGGAUUGCAGCCACUGUUCUGGAGAGGAUGCUGGGUGAAGCAGAGAGUGGAGAGAUCCCCAAGACUCUGACUCAAAUGUUCACACACUUCCUGAUCUUUCAGAUCAAACACAAAGACCAAAAGUACCAUGGAAAAUGUGACACUGAUCCUCGGCAGACUAGAGAGAUUAUUCUGGCUCUGGGAAAACUGGCUUUCCAACAGCUGGAAAAAGGCAACCUGAUCUUCUAUGAGGAAGACCUGAGAGAGUGUGGCAUUGAUGUGAGAGAAGUGUCAGUGUACUCAGGAGUCUGCACUCAGAUCUUCAGAGAGGAGUUGGGGCUGCACCUGGGGAAGGUGUUCAGCUUUGUCCAUCUGAGUGUUCAGGAGUUUCUGGCUGCUUUGUUUGCAUUUUUCUCCUUUAUUUCUCAGAACAGAAAUGUGCUGAAACAACAAACACAUUCAAAAUCAACAAUGACUGAUUUUCUCAAGAGUGCAGUGGACAGAGCUUUACAGAGUGAGAAUGGACACCUGGACCUUUUUCUCCGUUUCCUUCUGGGUCUCUCACUGGAGUCUAAUCAGACUCUCUUACGAGGUCUACUGACACAUACAGGAAGCACUUCUAACUGCAGAGAGGAAACAGUUAAGUACAUCAAGGAGAAGCUCAGGGAGAAUCUCUCUCCAGAGAAAUACAUCAAUCUGUUCCACUGUCUGAAUGAACUGAAUGACCACUCUCUAGUGCAGGAAGUCCAGACAUACCUGAACAGUGGAAACCAUCGCUGUCUAUCUAGAGUCACCCUCUCUCCUGCUCAGUGGUCAGCUCUGGUGUUUGUGUUGUUGAACUCAGAGGAAGAGCUGGAUGAGUUUGACCUGAACAAAUAUGACCCAUCAGAGGAAUGUCUUCUGAGGCUUCUGCCAGUCAUUACAGCAUCCAGAAAAGCUGAAUUAAUGCUUUUAAAACAGCCUUUGAAGAGUGGAUUUAACACGUUUCCUGCUCACCAAGGAACCAAAGCAGAGGCUUCCUCACUUCCUCAGAGCUCUGUGCAGGCCACAGGAGUUCCUUCACACCAAACUCACUAAGGCAGGUCUUUAUAGAGUUUGCUUUGUGCACAGAGGCUCAAACUGCUGCCAUAAAGAAGCACAGAAUUGUCUAAAAUUAAUUUGUAUGUUUUUGUAGCAUUAUUAUUACCCCUCACUGGAACUAAGGGGCCCAAAUCCUGAAAAAAGAUCUCUGGUCUUUUAUUCUGUACCUGCAGUUUUUCUCCAUUUACAAUUUCUCUAAAUGGUGUAUUUCUUCAGUGUUAAUUGUACAGAAUAAAAACAGACUUUUUAGUGCUGUGUGGGGUUUAGAUUAAUAA